ACCUGCUCGCAAUCUCUAUAAAAGGGGAAGUAACUCUCCACCAUUGCCAGGUUUCUUCUCUCCUCCACUACUAAGCCACCUCUUUUAACCAACUCUUAUAUCAUGGGAUUUUUCUCUGAAGACUCCAAGGCUGGCCAGGCGUGGGCCGCGUUCAACGAGCCCACUACUCACAAGGGCGACAUCUCCCACGAGUUGCUCGCUGGAGCUGCUUCCUUCGUUGCUGCUCGCGAGUACGAGAAGCACUGUGCUGCCAACGGCAAGCCUUCCUCGCACGCCGAGGCCAAGGCUCUGCUCGCUGGUUUCGCUGGUGCCUUCAUCGACAAGGAGGUCGAGUCCCGCGGUCUCGACUUCGUUGACAAGGAGAAGGCCAAGAAGCACGCCCACGAGCACAUCUCGGAGACUGUUGACGUCGAGGGCUACUAGAUGCGCAAUAAGUAAAGUGUAAUCGCACAAUCUGUACCACCUGGGUGUAACCAAGGACUUUUGAAUUGCGAGAUCGUGUGCCAGCAGAUAGGGCGAUCGAUUAGGUGCCACAACGGUC